CCAUGCCUUCUUAUCACCAACGAUCACACUUGGAACAAAGGUGUUGCUGAAAGUGAAUAGAAGAUGAGUCGUAGUAAAGCUGCAGCACAAGAUGAAUCUGGCGUUGAUCCUCUAUCCAUGUCCAUCAUUCUCAUGGAAGACAUGAUUGAAAAGCUGAAAGUUCUCAAUUAUGAUAAUGAGUUUGUCAACACUGUGAAAGUAAAGCCUCUAAGCAGACAUUACUUUGUCAUCCAAACAAAUCCCGGCGAACAAUUCUUUAUGUUCACAUCCUUGGCUGUUUUCCUUAUCAACAAAGCUGGAAUUAUACUGGAAUAUCCUCAGGAAUAUGAUGACCCAAACUCCACUAUUGCCAGUAUCCUGGAUGCAAUUCGGCAGUUGGAAAUUGAUGUAGAUUUUCCUCCAAAUAAAUUGAAACAAGGUCACGGACAACAUGUCAUUUACAUCUUAGAUUCGUUGUGCAACAAGAUCUUGGAAAACAUAAAAUACAAAUGGCUCAAGCCCCAAUUUCCAAAAGAAGAAACUAUUGAGGAGGUGAUACCCGAAGACGACUCCGAAGUUUUACAAGAGCAGAUCGAAGAUGAACUUAUGGCCAGAGAUUCAGAUGAAGAUGAAGAGAAUCUAUUAAAUAUUGAUGAUCUCUAUGCUGUGAAUAAUGUACCCAAAGCAAUUUCAAAAGCUGAUGAAAUUUUAGAGUCAACGACAAACUUCGACGAUUGGAAAUUAGAAUUGGAACGGGUUUUACCGCAACUACGAGUCAUAAUCAAAACAAAUGCCAGAGAAUGGCGAUCAAAUUUAGACCAAAUGAAAAUGUAUAGGGAUAAAACGAAGGAUAUUAUGAAGGCUGCAAGACCCCAGCUUGAUAAAUUACGCUCUGAUCUAGUCGAAAACUUGGAUAAAAUCACCAGUAGAGAAAAAUCGUUGAAUAGUCAGUUGGAGCAGCUUCUUCAAGAAUACCGUAUUGCUCAGGAUGAACUAGCUCGAGUGACAAAUCGUUUCCAAGAACUCAGUGGUGGCAUUGAAGAACGUCAGCGUCAGUUAUCGCAGGCAACAAGUGCUCUAGAAACAGUAAAGCAGAAAAUUGAAGAUAGAAGCUCUUGUAUGACGGAUGGGUCUCCGUUGGUAAAUCUCAAGAAAGCCAUCAGCAUCGUGAAAGGUGAUAUCGUAAGCAUGGAUGUAAAAUUGGGCGUUCUGGAGCAUAAUCUACUAAAAGCUAGGCUUCGUGAUAAAACAAUGUCACAAAAUUAUGUGAAUGCAGAUGCUCUUUUUGUUUCGUAAUCAAGCCAAAAAAAGUAAGUGUAAUCUUAACUCAAAGUCUAAACGACUCCAGUUGAGAAUUGUGCUGCUACUGACACAUUAAUUAAAGAGUGUUAAUACAUGUGCUUACAUCGGGUUAAAGAGUUUUUAAAGUUCAAAAGUUCCUGCGCGGAAAUGAUCAGCAGUAAUGUCAACGCCUUUGUCUCCGGAAAAGAAGAGUCAAUAUAUGAAGGACUCAGCUCGUUAUGAUAUAAAAGACAUUUUACUGUUCCGGAUUACAUUCGUCUGGAACGCACCAGGAAAAAGUUAAACCACAUCAAGUUGAAAAGAAGAAAAAGAGGUUCUCUCCGUAUGCUUCAUUUAAAGUUACCUGUUUUCACACUCAAUAUUUUGUUUUCAACUCUGAUUUUUUGUCAAAAGGAAAAAUAUGAGUAGCUCAGCUCACUACUCCUUGAAACUAAUUCUCAAAUUUGCCAUGGUUCUUCUACCCAGUUCAAUUCAUCUAGCCUGAGUUACAGCCAUUCUCUAGCCUCUAACACUUAAUUAGCAGGGUAUCUAUAAGUUUAGAAAGGUCUGAGAAGUCUGGAGAGAAUAAUUUUCCAGGGUUUACAUACUUAGUUCUGAUGAAUCAAUGUCUAACUUUUUCUCUUUUGCAAACUCAUCAAUAUCAGCAUCUACUAAUUCUACUAGCUCCUGUGCGAGUUUUGCUUUAAUGUCUGAGUAAAAUUGGGUAUUGAUAUACCCUAUCAUGGCUAGGCCAACUCAGAAACCGGAGAGAUGACCUGUAUCAUCAUCGUGUUGUAUUUUCAGUAGUUUUUUGUAGUGAUCUUUGAGGUCUUCAUCAGCUCUGAGCACAAUCCACGGCAACUCAGGUUUGGCUAGUGAAGUCAGCUUUAUCAAGAUCGAAUCAGGUGUGGUGAGUUUAUCUGGGACUUCUUCUAUGAUCUCGCUUGCCUUCUUCCCGGCAUCUAUUAUCAUUGAGAGACCAUCCAUUGUUUCCGUAUUUUUUGGUGACACUUAUUCAAAAUUUCAAAAGAAAUUGUACAUGCCCUCGCUAAUUUUGAAAAUGAGGUCUUUCCCAGCAGAUCAAAUAUUGCUGUUUAGUGAACGAAAUAGAAUUGAAGACAUAGUUAGUUUGUGCAUUAAAAGAUAGAACUUAUGCUGUAGCAUAUUAUGACUUAUUCUUUUCUUCCUAAUGGUCAAAGUCACACAUGACUUUCAGGAUAAAUUUGAACGGUCAUUGUCUACAGUUCAUAUAGACAUGGAAUGAUAUUCACAGCUAUGGGGAAACAUUAACUUGGUGACAAGAGGAAAGAUAUGAGCAAGAUUUUAGAAGACUUUAAUUGAUGAUAUUUCAUAUUCAUUUUACAGCACAAUGAAAUAUUACUAUGAAGGCAAUGGUUACACACGCUUGGUAGGUGAUGUGACAGAAACUGAUCAUUAGAUAAACAAUAUUGAGCAUCACUGGAGGUACACAAGUUUAACACACAACAUUGAAGAUUUGAAUA